AUGUCUACCUCAUUAGUCAAAUAAAUCACAGCCACAGUAUGAGUAGACCUGCAUCCAUUUAUAACAUGAGAUGUAAAUCUAGAAGCAUAUAUGCUACAGCUAAUUUGUAUUAUUAAGUAGUAUGUAUAAUAUUUAUACAUAAGAAGAGUUUAUGGAUGAAAACAUGAACUGUAAAUACUGUAUAGUGUUUAGACAACAAGCAUCAAAACUCAGGAUCUGUUUAAUCCUCUAGCUUUAUUGCCACUUUGUGAUAUUGCCAAUAAUGUUCAUGUAAUCCUUGAAUACCGUGCACACAGUCGUGAAAAAGAAAGUUUGCACAUGACUCCGUACAGUUAUGUAAAAAAUCAAGUGCAUCCUUACUGAAGGGUAGCCGAUCAAAUGCACUUGAUUAACUGAUCAUCAGCAGGUGUGAGUUUCUGUACAGCUGCGGAAGUUUUGGCAGUUUGCUGAUCUGGAGCAUUCAGGUGUCUGUAAACACAAUGCCACAAUCUUCCCAGGAGAGGAUGUCCCAGGAGAUUCAGCCCUAGGUCAGAGCUUGCAAUCCUCAAAAUAAGCUGCAAAAAAAACCCAAGACCUACAUCUGAGACUCUACAGGCCUUAGCUAGCAUGUUAAAUGUUAAAAUUAAUUGGAGAACAAUUAGAAAAGUGAGGCUUGUUUGCUUAUCUUUGCAAAAGUUGCAUUUGAACAGACCACAAGACUUUUGGAACAUAGAUCCUUCGGACAAAUUAGAGCAAAGAGGAGAUGUCUGGUGGCGCCACAUUUGGUGAAAACCAAACACAGCAUAUCUGCACAAACACCUCAUACCAACUGUCUAGCACGGUGGUGAGGCCAUCUGCGAAAGCUUGGCUGAAACUGGGUCAUGCAUCAGUACAACAAUCUCAAACUCAGCAGCAAAUCUGCAAAUGCAUGUCUGAAAAAGAAAAAGAAUCAACGUGUUGCAAUGACCCAGUCAAAGUUCGGACCUUAACCUGACUCAAAUGUUGUGGAGGAACCAUAAAUGAAUGCCUGCAAACCUCAAUAAAAUGAGGCAUUGCUUGAAAGAAGAGUGGGCUGUUAAGAUGUGAAAGACUGAUAAAGUCCUAAUGCAAAAGACUGGGUCAAAUCAUUGCUGCUAAAGGUGGCUCUUUAUGCAGGACUUCAUAGAGUCCAGUGAAAACUUCCUUUUUCACAUGACUAUAGAUGGAUUUCAGCUGUUUGAAAUUAUAAAAAUAAAUGAAUAAAUAAAGGACAGUGAAGAUUUAUUAAUAGAUUUGUUGGGUCUUAAAAGCACAGUGGUUAGUAAUUUUAUAUCAACCAAUUUGUAAAUAUAGCAAUUUAUAAAUAUUGUACCACAGUAUGUAACUGCGCAGUCUGCGUGUCUCCAUUAAACAUCUAUCUAUAGUUAAUCUAUAGAUAGAUAGAUGUUACCUCCUCACUGUCUGCGUGUGUCACUGCCUGCUGCUGGUGGAGCCUCUACACUACUUGCGCUGUCUCACUGUCUACAUGACGGCUCACCAGAUCCUUGGUUAACAACGUGUUAAUGCGAUGAACCUGGAAUGCAUUGAUUAUGGCUGACCUACGGAUGUCACUCGCUGUCCUGGUUGUUCACACUGUCCUAUAUACAGCCUGCCAGGCUCUGUGGUGUAACUGCACCACUCCUCUGUGUCAGAAGUCUGACUUCCAGUGUGAGACCGAUGGGGCCUGCAGGGCUUCCACCAUCUUUAGCAAUGGAAAACAGCAGCACAGCCGCGGCUGUAUCCCACAGGAAGAUCUCGUGCCCCCUGGAAAACCGAUCUACUGCCUCGGUGUAGAAGGCUACCUAUACACGCAGUGCUGCUACACCGACUACUGCAACAGCAUUGACCUCAGAGUACCCACUGAAAUCGGGGGGGGUUACGGCCCGGGUGGGACAUGGAGGCUCGUGGAACUGGUUGCUGUGAUCGCAGGGCCGCUGUUCUUGCUGUGUCUGCUGCUGUUAGUGGGUGCGUUCAUAUAUCAUUAUCACCGGAGGGGCUACAACCACAGGCAAAGGCUGGAGGUGGAGGAUCCGUCCUGUGACCAUCUCUACCUGGCCAAAGACAGAUCCCUGGAGGACCUCCUUUGCAAUCUGUCCACGUCUGGUUCAGGCUCUGGUCUCCCUCUCUUUGUCCAGCGGACUGUAGCCAGAACAAUUGUCCUGCAGGAGAUCAUUGGUAAGGGGCGUUUCGGGGAGGUGUGGCGAGGACGCUGGAGGGGUGGCGACGUGGCUGUGAAGAUUUUCUCAUCCAGGGAAGAGCGCUCCUGGUUCCGUGAGGCUGAAAUCUACCAGACGAUCAUGCUUCGCCAUGAAAACAUCCUGGGCUUUAUAGCUGCUGACAACAAAGACAACGGGACGUGGACUCAGCUGUGGUUGGUGUCAGAUUACCAUGAGUACGGCUCUCUGUUUGACUACCUAAACCGCUACUCUGUCACUACCGAGGAAACGAUCAAACUGGCGCUAUCAGCUGCGAACGGCCUCGCACAUCUGCACAUGGAGAUUCUUGGAACGCAAGGAAAGCCAGGCAUCGCCCAUAGAGACUUGAAGUCCAAGAACAUCCUGGUGAAGAAGAACUGCACCUGUGCCAUUGCCGACCUGGGCUUGGCUGUCCGUCACGACUCUGCCACGGAUACGAUCGACAUCGCGCCCAAUCAGAGAGUGGGAACAAACAGGUACAUGGCCCCAGAGGUUCUCGAUGAGACCAUAAACGCGAGACACUUCGAAUCCUUCAAAUGUGCUGACAUCUACGCUUUAGGCCUGGUCUACUGGGAAAUUGCACGCCGCUGUAACAGUGGAGGUAUCCAUCAAGAAUACCAGCUGCCCUACUAUGAUCUGGUACUGUCUGACCCGUCCAUAGAGGAGAUGAGAAAAGUGGUGUGUGACCAAAAGCUUCGACCCAAUAUUCCAAAUUGGUGGCAGAAUUACGAGGCCUUGCGGAUCAUGGGUAAAAUCAUGAGGGAGUGUUGGUAUGCUAACGGAGCUGCACGCCUGACGGCCUUGCGCAUAAAAAAGACGCUGUCCCAGCUCAGCAUUCAGGAGGACAUUAAAAUCUGAGCAUGUGUGAGACAGCAGAGCACUGAAAAAGAGCACUGAAGAGGACCCGGCCCCUCCAUCCAGACUGAGAGGAAGGGGUCGAGCCUUCUAAAGAGAUGGCACAAUGAAGAGUGGCACUUUGUAAAAUUUUACCGCACAGACACUUCUGUCAGGUUUGAAACCACUUUAUUUCUGACAAACCCUACCUCGCUUUACCCAGCCAAAACAUACAGGAACACCUUCCCUGUCUUAUCCUUAGCUCCCGCUGCCAAACCUCACCCUCGUUGUUCACCCUGCACGCUGCGCUAACACAGUUUCCUGAAUUUCUUGUGUAUGCAGUCAUUAACAGCACAUGUACUUAACCAAGUUACAUUUUAAAAAUCAGCUGCUGGUGUUUUAUUGUUUCAAAGUGUGUUGACAGUAAUUAUUAGUUAGUAAACAGCAUUCGCUUCUUUUGUCUUAGCAGAAGAGCAUUAACCCAUUUAUACUGAUUCUGUUAUAUCAGUAAUUGAAUACUGUGCGGGAGCUUGUGGGCCAUCUGUGUAGGUAGGUUAAUUCCUGCCAUGCCUGCAGCAUUCAAAGGAAGAUUUUAUUGAUACCAGUGUCAUAGAGAUCAGGACUCCUGGUAACCGUGCAGUCCAGGAGAAAUGAGGCCUGCACAGUUUUCACUGUUUCAUUCUCUCUGAGUCUGAACACAGUGCAGAAACAAAUUUAAAAAAAAAAGACUGUGGGGGACUCCUUUGUGAGUUUGUUUUGAGAUUGAAAUGAUUGCUAAGAGGAACAGAUAAGCUGGGAGUAAUAUUUACAUAUCCUGAUUCCUGACAUAUUGCAUUGCUUAGAAAUCCUUUAGCACAAAUAAUUCACCUGAUUUUAGUCUGUUCAUAUUUAGAAAAGUACAUAUUUAGGAAUUAUUAAACAUCACUAGGAUGGAGGGCAGCAGCUACUGCUGACUUUGAUCUUCAUUAGCUUCAGACCACUCACGUAAAAUACAUCAAGAUGCAUGCAGAUCCAUGUGUUGUAUGUUAGUAUCAUAGUCUCCUGUUAUGAAUGCAUAACCUCAGAUAAGCUUGUAUACACAACAUUCAGAUAUUACACUGCCCCUUCAGUGCAGUCCAGAAUCCAUGUUUAAGUUCAUAUUUUAUACUCUUACAGCAUGUCAGCGUUUUUUUCCCCCUCAGGGCACUUUCUUCCUGAUCAAGUAUAUUUACUGCACUGCACAUACACUAGCCUUUUAAUGUGAUACUUCAGAUUAGGUUUGAGUGUGUUUUUAGAUGACUUUUUUAGUCUUUUUUUUUUUUUUUUUUUUUUUUUGUAAAGACAAAUAUUUACCAAAUUACUUUGUGACCUGUGAAGUAACAUCAUUGUAGUUGUCAGAUGACCUGCUUAUAGUACUUUAUUACUGCCAAGCAGUAAGUUAAAUUCAUAUUUCUCUCUAUGCCCCCCUACCCCCACCAUGCUAUACGUCCUUAAUGUGCAUAUUUUGCCUUAUGUAUAUCACUUCACUCUUAACAUUGUCAGAAAUCACUGCAUUUUUUUUUAUGUAUUCAGGAAAAAUGUGCACUUUCUGUCUUGAGCUGUAUGCAGAUUCUGCAGGUACCCUUUGCAUGUAUUCGUGUGAAGCCUGACAGACCAAUUGUGCACUACUACUGACCUCGCUGCAUUAACACCAACCUUUUCUCAGAAUCAUCUCCGGCCACGGCCUCCAGUGUUUAAAAUCACGUCACUGAAAACAAGAAUGUUUACACAAAUCAUGCCAGUCCAGAUGACCUACCUUUCUGACUGGAAAUUGUAAAGAUAAUUUUGCUUUUCUUUAAUCUCUGGGAGAAAGAAGUGUUGAAACGAAAUACUGCUGAAAUGCCUUCGUGUUAGCUCACAUUUUUUUCCAACCUGUGUUGUUUUUUAAAAAAGACCGGGGAGCUCUACUGAAUGUGAAGCAUAUUUAUACUUUCUUUGUUUGCCUUACAAUUUAAAAGUGAAUAUUGCGUUCAGUGUUUUUAAUACUUUGGUGUCUGUAUCCCUUUGGAGGAACGCUGGAGUGAGAGUCAAAACAAAACAAACAACAAAAAAAAAGUAUAGGUAUUAUAUUACAUGUUGUAAAACUCAACGUUUAUGUUAUUGAAAUUAUUCUACUUAAAAAAACUCCUUCAGGACAAUUAUCAUGUAACAUUCAACACAAAUGUAAUAA